AAAACUAAACACAGUAUAAAAAGAUAAUAGCGGCCGUAGAAUUGCUAUUUCACUAUGUGGUUCUGGGUGUGAAACAUGUUUCAGCUUCUUGUUGUAACUGCGGGUCUUACCCUGGCAAAUUGCCAGGAGAGCCCAAGGAUUAUAGAAACCUCUUACAAAGACGGGAAAGAAUACAUCUAUGACUAUGAGUCACAAGUCCUGUCUGGUCUUCCACAGGGAGCAAAGACGUGGUCCGGUCUCAAACUACAGUCUCAAGUACUGAUUCAGACAGAUUCUCCUUGGAAAGUAAAGCUACAGAUGAGAUCUCCUCGUUUGUACAAAGUAAAUGAUCUCUUAGAUUCUCAAGAUCCAACCAAAGAAAUGUUACCAGUAGAAUUGUUCAAGGAACUGUUGGAUGACGAGUCAGAAGACAUGAAACUACAUCUGCUUAAACCUGUUGUUUUCUCAUAUGUCCGAGGUCAUAUUGAAGAUUUAACUACAGAGGAAGAUGAUCCAGAAUGGUCUGUAAACAUCAAACGUGGCAUGCUCAGUCUACUUGAGAUCAACUUUAAUGAGAGACAAUCCCUUACUAAAGAUGUACCUGUGCUUCUAUCAGACUCUGAGCCAAAGGUUUACAAAGUCAUUGAGCCAAGCGUUGUCGGAGAAUGUGAGACAAGGUACAGAGUACAGCCAGAGAGAAGUGAAGAGGAUGUUCCCAGUAUGAGUGUGCAGAAGCUACGGGAUUAUAAUCGGUGCCUAGAAAAAGUUGUUCUCACUCAGGAUAUACUAAACGGUCGUGCUUGUGAUCUUUGUAAUAAACUUGAGCAACUGAAUCAUGUGUCUGCCCAGUCCUCAGUAAAGUACCAUCUUCUAGGAUCACCAGACAAGUUUAUCAUCCUGAAUGCAAUGUCAGAGUCUCAGUACAGCUUCAUACCAUACUCUACAGAGGCUGGCUCAAUGUCUACAUUCUCCAAUCAGACACUGACUUUGGUAGAUUCUCGGCCAAUCAGUGACCAGAUUAAAGAACCAAGAUCACCACUUCAUCAUGAUCGACCCCUGAAGGCCAAAACUCAGGAUUCUGAAAGUUCCCCACUCUCUCCUCGCACUCUUAAGCUGAAGAAAGAAGAAAAAACUGAAUUAAAGAAAAAGAUAGAGAAAGUGUUGGCGGGUAUAGAACAGUUGAUGAAGGAUCAAGUUAAUGAAGAAGUAGGAGAACUCCUGUCUGAACUUACCAGAUUACUGAAGAAAAUGGACAAACAUUCACUAAAUUCACUUUUCGAUGACAUUCUCAGAGACCCCAUGAAAUUGCCAAAAUCCAGGAAAGUGGUUGUAGAUAUUCUACCGUCAGUUGGAACAUACCCAGCAGUUGAUGUUUUACUUGAGAGAAUAGAGAAUGAAGAUAUACCCAAAGAUUCUGCACCUCUUGCAUUCAUGACCUUAUCACUCCUUCCAAAACCUGAUGUUUUCAUUGUGAAAAGGCUCAUGGAUUACGUGGAAAAGAAGCAAAUGAAGGAGCAGGUAGACGACAGAAUGUUGCAUAGAUCUGCCUGGCUUACACUGGGUUCCCUUGGAGACAAAAUGAUACAAGUCAGCAUGUCAUCUAUGAAAGAUAAGGAUAGUGAGAGGGAGAUUGUAGAUCAACUACGUAGUGAGAGCAAUGAUCGACAGAUCAGGAAAAAGUUGGACAAGAGGCUUGAAGAGAUUGACAAUAAACGACUGCAAACAAAGGAACUCUAUACAACUGCAAAGAAGAAAAUUAUUGAAAUGGUACAAAAACUGUAUGAAAAUGAUAAUGAAGAUUGUAAACGUCUUGCUGUGAAAGUAAUGGCCAAUCUUCAAUAUGAGGAAUUUAGCCCUACUCUGGAAACACUUGUCAAAGACAUGGAAAAACCAGAGCUGGCACGCAUAGAUGCUUUAGACAGCUUGCUUUAUAUAGUGAAGGAAAACUCAGAAAAGGUAGAAAAGAUAUUUCUGCCCCUAAGUAUGGACAGGAGACAACCAGAUAUAAUCAGAAUGAUAGCAUUCAAUGUUGUUGCAUUUGCCUCCCAUCACCGCUCGGCUAUGGAGAUGAUAGUAAAAUCACUUGAAGAUGACCCAAAUGAUAAUGUUGGAAAUUAUGUGUAUUCUGCACUGCUUGAAUUCUCAAAACUCUCUACACCAUGUGAUGAACUUAAGGAAUUAGCUGAAAACAGCAGUUUAGCACAGAGAUAUGCAAAGAAGUCACCACACCCUAAUAGAAAGUCCUCUGUUUAUGCCGGAUCAAGUUAUGAUGAACUACUACGAAUAGGGCACACAUACUUAUCAGCAAUGAUGUAUUCUCCAAUGGAAAGAUCGCCUUCCUAUUACAGUGCAGGGUACACAGUAUCAUUGCUGGGAAAGAGUUCAGAUGUUCUCCAGGUUACAUACAGCGGGAAGGGUCUGGAUUCAGUUCUAGACAAGUUACUGACAGCUUCAGCUGAUACCAGUCUGGAAACGGUGCUGAAGACAGUCCUUCAUCCACGUCAGAGAAGAAGCACAGUCUCAGACUAUGAACAAAAAAUCAAAGACAUCAAAGAAAAGAUUGGUGUUAAAACUAGGGAACCGGAGAAACCAGAACAUUAUUUUGGCGUGCGACUGUUUGGACAUGUACUGAUUUAUUUUGAUGCCAGUUCACUUCUCACUUCUCCAGUUGAAACAAGUUCUGGUGACAAUGAGAUGUUGGAAAGCCUCAAAGAGAAACUGAGCCUUUUAGACAAUUUGAAAAGUUUACUGAAGAGCCAGAAGUCAUUGGUUCUUCCACUGUUACAUAUGUCAGUACCAACAGACAUGGGUCUGCCACUGAAAGUACAUGUCGACAAACGAGCUACUUUGAAAAUUGAUGGAGAAUUAAAGCUCACAUCGGAUCCAAGAAAUUCAAUGAAAAAGUCCUUAAUCAGUAAAAUGGAUGCAUUACUGAAAGUUAGACCAAGUGCUUUGAUAGAGCUUGAAGGGAGAAUGGAAGUUGAUAUGAAGUAUAUAAGAUGUGGUGUAACUGUGAAAGGGAAAGUCUACACAGAUGUACCUCUAUCAUUGUCUGUCAAUGUUGAUCCAGAGAAUUCCAAACUUCUCAUCAAACUCAAAGAUGAGAAAGAGUUAAUACCCCUGAAGUUAGAAUCACAUGCUCAUACAGAGAUUAGAAGACUUCCUCCUACAGCUGAUAAAUACCCCAUACCACCUGAACGGAAGGAAAUAACUAUAAUAGAUGGUGUUGACUCUAAAGUUGUCUCAUAUGAAGUUGGUAAAGAUAUUCUUGGCCGCAGCAUUAAAAUGAUUGGCAUGAGAAGCAUACGUAAAGAUAAGUCCAUACCACUACCUCCUAUGAGUGGACAGCAGGUGAUCCAUGUCAGGUAUGAGCCUUUGCCAGGCUCUAGCCUCAAUAUACAGAUGCAACAUGUUAGAGACAGUGAUUCAGCCAUGUCCCUUCAGAGUGAUGAAGCUAGGGGUGGGUCUAGCUGGUUUUCUUUGAGCAGCUGGUUCCCAUCUUCCAAAGGAUCAAGGGAAGAACGAGACCCAAGUUCUAGGGAAGCAAGUAGUGACUCAUCAGAAGAAAGAGAUGAUGCUGCCAAACAAUUUGUUGACCUGGAAGUUAGGGACUUAUCCAUUAAAUACCUGAAAAGUAAAUUUACAAAGGAAACAGAUAUCCUUGAGGCUGGAAUCAAGUGUGGGCUGGUUGUAAGAAUUGCAGGUUCCAGCCCAGAACCUAAACAUGAGGUGCAGCUAUCUACCUUGUACCAGCACUCUGAGAGAAAAGUGUCUUAUACAGUAGAACUUAUAAGGACACCAAGACCUGAUGAAGAUAAACCAUGGAAGAUGGUAACAGACAUAAGACUAGACCUGCCUGAAAGAAACUUAGAACCAUCUGAUCUGUUAGAUAAUGAAUAUCAGAAACAGGUCCAGGAAAAAAUCAGAAUAUCUGUCCCUGAGGAUGGAAAAGAAUUGGAUUCUCUUCUGGAUCUAGGAUCUGAGGUUAUCAGACUUGCAGCCAAGCACAUAAAGAAGAUACAGAAACCAGACAGUGUUGAUGAUAUCAUUGAAGAUUCAGUAAACCAUGUACUCCAGAAUUCAGUCAACCCGGAUUCCAAACCACUGACUGAUGCUGUACAGAAACAAAGGAAAAUUCUCAGAGAUGUAGCAAAGCUGAGUAGACAACCUGCAUACCCAGAGAAGAUAAAAGAACUAUUAGAGACAUUGAAAAACAUUCUAAAACGAUCUAAAUUAGUUACAGAAGAAGUUAGCAAAAAGCUUGAUCAAACUUUAAGAAGAGAUCAAAAGCCAGAAGACUCGGUUCAAGUUUUGUAUUUACUCAUAAUAAAAGAAAAGACUUAUAGAAAACUGAUGUUGACUGCAGAAAAAAUGCGACCUGUAUUAUUGCAAAGUGAAAAGAGUGAAUUGGAGACAAAAUUAAAAGAACAGGUACAUGAUUUGGAAGGAAUAAAGGAUCAGCAAAGAAAACAUUCAAUAGACAAACAGUCUUCAGAAUUGCAGAAAUCAAGAAUUGAAAUAGAACCAAGAGAUAGAAGUUUGCAUUCUAAGUUACUAGAUUUAGAACAAAAGUUGAUUUCCCUUUCCAAGACAAUGUCUAAGGAACUAAAGGAGGGAAGGACUAUCAGAAGUAUUGACAGCAGCAAGAGUCAGAUAAAAGAAAUUGAUGAAGUGUCCAGAGAUGUAAAAGACAAACUUGAUGUAUCAUUAUUAGAGAACAGCAAGCUUGAUAAAAUGCUCAGGGUAAAAGUCUUGGAAGUUCUCCUGCACCAAAAGCAAGCACUUAUAGAUCUUGAAAAAGAUAUAAAGUCAUUAGAAAAGAAAUCAAGGACAAUUGACCCAAGCUCUUUAAAAACACAAGAAGAUAAUUUGACUGACAACCUCAAGAGGGAACUUGUGAAGCUAAAAGAGGAUCUGGUGAUGAAAGCCAAAGAAAUUGCAAGAAGGUUAGCCAUUGCUAUAGAUGCAGAAAAGGAAAGAAAAUCUAUGAAUUUACAUGUUUCCCCUGAGAAUGCGGAAAGAUUAGCCACAAUGGUAAAGAUCCAUGUGAAACAACUUCAGGUGUUGGAAGAUUUAAAUCUGAAACAGCCAUUUCCAAUUCAUGGCAUAAGAAAGCAACCUUCCAAGGAAUCUGUACAGAAAGCUGUGGAAGGAGUUAAAGAGGACAGCAGGAAAAUAAUGGACAUUAUUGACAAAGAAAGUAGGGACAUUAAAGCUGAAAGGAAGACACUGCUCAGCCCAAUGUUAAUAAAAAGUUGGAAAGCUUUGUCGCGACAGUAUGGUAUUUUAGAAAAAAUUAAAGAAAUCGCAAAAGACAAAAUUGUAACAGAAGCAGUAAACGGAGGUUCGGACUUGAUGUUACUGAAAAAACUGAAAAAGGAAACUGAGCAGCUCCAGCAUGACACAGUUAAAAAUAUCAGAACAACAGAAAAUCUUUUGAAGAGAAGGGACCCAUCAAGACCAGAUUCUGUAUCUCUAGAUCUGUCACCUCUACCUUCAUAUCCAUCAAAGGAUGUUUCUGCUGCUAUUACUGUCAUGCUGAAAAGGGCAAUGAAGGUUGAAGUACAUCAUUCUGAAGUGAGACCAUUACAGAAGAAGCUUAUGCUUAGUCUUGACCAACCAACACCUGCAGAUAGACUGUCUAAGGUUGCAAAGAAUGUUCAUGAAAAACAGAUGCUAUAUGAUAUAAUCAGUAAACUUCUUGCUUCACAGGAUGAAUUAGACCGGGUACAAAAACCAUUAGACAUGAAAGUGAAGGAAGAUCCCAGCAGUGAACAGUUGCAAGAUUUACUGAAAGUUGUCACAGAGAAACAAGAGAAUCAGUUCAGUAUUGUGAAAGCAGUGGAGAAAAGGCUUAUUGUUAAGUCCAGGUCUGACCUGUCACUGUUACAGCCAUUACAGACAAUCCAGCAGUUAAAGGACAGAGUACAAAGGCAACAACAUGAGACAAAAUUGUUACAACAGUCCUCCAGCAGUACAUCACCUCGUCACAGCCAUCACACAUUGUCUCUCAGUACAUCAGCUAGCCCAAGGUCACCAAGGCAACCUAUAUACACAGGAAUGGUGAAGAUUUCAUAUGGUGAAGAGUACAAGCAGAGAAAGUCAGUCACUAUAAGGCUUUUUGGAAAGAAAUCUUUGCAACAGUUGCUAUGGGAGAAAGAUCAAGCACUUCCUAGCAAACAAGACCCAGCUUUACGCAGAUAUCUCAGUGACAGACGUGAACCUGAUGAUCCCACUGCCAGAGAUUAUAGAAUGAUCAAGGAUAAAUUAAACAUGUUUAGACACUUACAUGCAUUGGUUGCUUAUGAAGACAGUCUGCCAAAUUAUGUGAAGGAGUUAAUGUGGAAGUUGCGUGAAAUGUUAAAACUGAAGCUACACAACAAAGUGGAACUCAUCAUGCCUGAUGAUACCAACAUGAAGAAUAAAGUAGAGAUCAAAGCUGAGCUUAGCCAAGAUGACAGAUGGACUGAUGUAGAAAUAAAGUCUCCAUCAGAGACUACAAGGAUUAGGAAUAUACCUACACCAGGUAUAGUGAAGCGGGUUUCUCUGUCAGACAGCAUAGCCCAUACUGCUUUAUCCAGCAUUAGCACUAGACAUCUCCCUGCAUCUUGUGAAAUAACCCCAUAUAGAGUUAAAAUGUUAUCUGGGAAAACUGUUGAGGUAAAUCUGAGAAACCAGCAUGUGAAAGUGUUCUGACUAUGGACUGUUCUCCAGACAGCUCCCUUGUAGUCAGCAAACCCCAUCCGCAGGACCCAUCCAGAAAGAUAAUUACCAUACUGACAAAACAAAGAAAGGUUGAAGUCAUACCAGAUCCAACAAAACUUGAAGUGAAAGUUGAUGGAACGCCCAUUAGUAUGCCAACACAUCCAGACAUUGUUAC